GCUCGCGUCACUGCCAGUCGCGCGGACGAGGGAGCUGUCGGGAAACCGGGACCCUCGUGCCUGCGUAGGCCGCAGCUCGCCGCGCGCGGGAAGCCCCUACCGGCGCCCAACCGUUUUCCACCUCCAGGAAGCCAGCACCUCAGGCGGAGCCUCUGGGAGGAAGAGGAGGGCAGGAACAUAACUCUUCUGGUCCGGGACCGCGGCCAGGGCGGGACCCGGGACCGAGUUGCCUUGGAGGCGCUGACCGGGGCGGAGCAGCAUGAGCCACUGUCCUGAUGAAGAUGAGCCACACCCUGGUUUCCUAGAGGCAGUCACACCUAUUCCAAGCUUUCAGGAACAGUGUUCUUUCAUCAAAUGUGCUCUACCCCUGGAUUCCUUCAGAGGAGCCACUCUGACAGAAGCCUCUGUCAGCCGAACCAGAGAUGGCAUCAGUAGAUUUCAAGACCUAUGUGGACCAGGCCUGCAGAGCUGCAGAGGAGUUUGUCAAUGUCUACUACACUACCAUGGAUAAGCGGCGGCGGCUGCUGUCCCGCCUGUACAUGGGCACGGCCACCUUAGUAUGGAAUGGAAAUGCUGUUACAGGACAAGAAGCCUUGAAUGAGUUUUUUGAGAUGUUGCCUUCCAGUGAGUUCCAGAUCAACGUGGUGGACUGCCAGCCUGUCCAUGAUGAAGCUACACCAAGCCAGACCACAGUCCUUGUGGUGAUCUGUGGAUCAGUGAAGUUUGAGGGCAACAAACAGCGGGACUUCAACCAGAACUUCAUCCUGACCGCCCAGGCCUCACCCACUAACACAGUGUGGAAGAUAGCAAGUGACUGCUUUCGGUUCCAGGACUGGGCCAGCUAGUGGGGUGAGAAAGGCUUCUUGGCUUCAGCCCAGCUCUGCAAAGGAAUGCCAAUCUCAAAUCUCAGGAUGUGGAGGACACAGUUCAUUUUUGUUGUCACAGCAGCACUGCAAACUGGAUGUUAGACUCCUAGAAACCCCUUUCCUGGUUUGUCACAGUUGCCUUUUGAAAGUAGUAAACUUGUUAUUUUUCUACUUAAUCAGUAAAGAACGUGUUUCUGGAAGUUGACAAAUAAAUAAUAUAAUUGUU